AUGUAUGACAUGAUAAAAUCGAAAAUCCUAAAACGUAUCGUAACAAACGCCGCAGCAUCACUUCAGCUCCAACUGGAAGAAUACCAGAAUGGAAACAACAACGGGAACAACUACCUACUGAAACUAAAAGUGAACAAUGACCCUGAGGUCAAGUUGAACAUGACCUUCAACCCAUUCGUACCCUGUGCUUUUGAAGUUAAGCUUGGAAAGGAUACAAACAAGCAGAGCAAUGUCUCAACCCUCGACCCAUGGACUAAAUUUCCACCCAAUGACUUUGUCGCCUAUCAGGACAGAGAGAAAAGAGCGGCUUUCUUGAAAUUUCCCGACUCCAGCAUUCAAGGGACGCUCACGAUCCAAGAGAAAGAGUAUUUCAUCCAACCAGAGUCAGACAAAAAACGAAGGCGAAAGAAAAGAUCCGUCAUUCAGUAUACUGCAAAGGAGGUCCAACAAAAUACGUUGGCAGUCCCGCCAGAUACUCGCAUAGUUGGGAGCGUACAGAACUCAGCAAAGUUGACAAGCUACUUGAAUUCAGCCAAGGACCAAAAGAUGUCCUACAUCUCUGAGAUCGUCAUGAUGAUUGACUACACCCUCUACCAGAGCUGGUACAAUCUGACAAGUGCGUCGCUACCAAUGGACAAACGCCAGGAUCAGGCUAUCAAUCAAAUCCGAUACUACUAUGCCAACAUUGCUAAUUCUACACCGGAUGCAGUACCCUUCGUCAGCAUGAUCAACGUAAAGGGGAAACCUGCCAUGGACACGUACAAAACCCUCGACAACCUCCCCCUCUGGUUGGACGCUAACAAGCCCCUUCAAUACGACAACUUCCUGUUCAUUACUGAGUGCGUGAUUUUAGCAUUUUUUAAAAAUUCUGAUUUCAAAUUAAUUCCAUUCAUUAACAAUUUUCAAUAUUCAUAG